AUGCCAAAAGCACCUAAAAUAGACGAAUUCCGUGUAAUUGAGGCCUGCGAAGCCGCCCAGCGCGAACAAAAACCGAAUCUUGCGAAGAUCGCGCGGGAAUAUGGCGUUUCGUAUGAGAUACUGCGCGGUCGCGUUCGCCGGGGACAACAGGCUCGUAACGCCUAUACACCUCAGAAUAAAGCCCUUAAUGAGUAUCAGGAGAAAACUUUAGUCCAAUAG